GUCUUGGCCCGCGGGUAGUGGGAACAGACUGCUGCUGCCUCGGGACCGGCAGUCAUGGCUCCGGGUUGGCCGCGUCCUCUGCCGCAGAUCCUCGUGUUGGGACUCGGGUUGGUGCUGAUGCGCGCCGCGGCCGGGGAACAGGCACCAGCCCCCUCCCCAGGCACCGCCCCAUGCUCUAGCGGCAGCUCCUGGAGCGCGGAUCUCGACAAGUGCAUGGACUGCGCUUCAUGUCCAGCGCGACCACACAGCGACUUCUGCUUGGGAUGCGCAGCGGCACCUCCUGCCCCCUUCAGGCUGCUCUGGCCCAUUCUGGGAGGCGCUCUUAGUCUGGCCUUGGUUUUGGCGCUGCUUUCUGGUUUCCUGGUCUGGAGACGGUGCCGGCGGAGAGAAAAGUUUACUACCCCCAUAGAGGAGACUGGUGGAGAGGGCUGCCCAGGUGUGGCACUGAUCCAGUGAGGAGCGCCCGCGCUGGUGCCCACUCAUCGUCCAUUCAUUCAUUCUGGAGCCAGCCUGGCCCUCCAGACACAGCCCGAGCCAGACUCUUCCAACCGCAAGGGGGUGGGGCGAGGUGGUGAUUCACCUCCAAAGGCUGGGCUUAGGGUUCAGGGGAGCCUUCUAAGGUGUCUAGAUUGCCCUGUCUCUGGUUCCAGGGCAGAGAGCCUCAGGCUGGGUCACAAAGCAACACAUACUAAGGAACUGCAGCAUUUGCACAAGGGGGUCUCUUGCUCCCCCCAAAUCCUGGAGGCCUGGCUGACUUGGGGAGCAGACACACUAGGUCCCACUCUCUCAGAUGGGCUGAAAUUCAACUACACUUGAGUUUCAGUCCUGGGAGUUGGUCAGGUUUAGCGACCUGUUCUUAACACUAAGGGGCUGGCCCUCUGGGAGGGCUGGCCCUAAUGCAAACACACAACCCAUCCCCUAAUUGGGGGGGGGGAUAUUUAUUUGGGGGAUAAAGUUUGGAGGGGAGGGAGAAUUUAUUAAUAAAAGAAUCUUUAACUUUAAA